CUUCACUGGGACAUUCAAAGUGCUCUGUAGCUGAACUUGAAGUUCUGGACACAGCCUGUGGAUUGUUUUUUCUCCUGUUUCCCUUCUGUGGCUUUCUACAGAGGUUUUUGCAGCCAUCUGUUUUUAAGCAGUAUCAAAUUAAGUAUGGAAUUCCAAAGCCGGGGGCGCUCCUAUGUCAUUCCAGAGAAUGAAGAAAUCUCGCAUCCUUCUCAGACUGUGCACAAUGACCAUGGAAAUGAAGGCGAGAGAGCAGUGUCAAAACUGCAACGUAGGCACAGUGACAUAAAAGUAUACAAAGAGAUAUGUGACUUUUAUGCACGAUUCAACAUGGCAAAUGCUCUUGCAAAUGCCAUGUGUGAGCGCUGUCGAGGAGGCUUUGCACCUGCGGAGAAGAUUGUGAACAGCAAUGGGGAGCUGUAUCACGAACAGUGUUUUGUGUGUGCCCAGUGCUUCCAGCAAUUCCCUGAAGGGCUCUUUUAUGAGUUUGAAGGAAGAAAAUACUGUGAACAUGAUUUUCAGAUGCUGUUUGCUCCUUGCUGCCAUCAGUGUGGAGAGUUCAUUAUUGGUCGUGUCAUUAAAGCUAUGAACAAUAGCUGGCAUCCGGAAUGUUUCUGCUGUGAUAUCUGCCAACAGGUACUGGCAGACAUUGGAUUUGUGAAGAAUGCUGGCAGGCACCUUUGCCGUCCCUGCCACAACCGAGAGAAAGCCAGAGGCCUGGGCAAGUACAUUUGCCAGAAAUGCCAUGCUAUCAUUGAUGAACAGCCUCUCAUCUUCAAGAAUGACCCUUACCAUCCAGAUCACUUUAACUGUGCCAACUGCGGAAAGGAACUUACUGCUGAUGCCCGAGAACUGAAGGGCGAGCUGUAUUGCUUGCCUUGCCAUGACAAAAUGGGGGUCCCCAUCUGUGGAGCCUGCAGAAGACCAAUCGAAGGGCGAGUGGUGAAUGCAAUGGGCAAACAAUGGCACGUUGAGCAUUUUGUUUGUGCCAAGUGUGAGAAACCAUUCCUAGGCCACCGCCAUUACGAGAGAAAGGGAUUGGCCUAUUGUGAAACCCAUUACAAUCAGUUGUUUGGUGAUGUUUGCUUCCAUUGUAAUCGUGUGAUUGAAGGAGAUGUUGUCUCAGCCUUGAAUAAGGCAUGGUGUGUCAACUGUUUUGCAUGCUCCACUUGCAACACCAAGUUAACACUCAAAAACAAGUUUGUGGAAUUUGACAUGAAGCCUGUCUGUAAGAAGUGCUAUGAGAAGUUUCCUUUGGAGCUGAAGAAAAGACUGAAGAAAUUAGCAGAAACUUUGGGAAGGAAGUGAAGCUCAGCUUCAGAUUUCAUCUUGCUGUGCAAAAAUUAGGAAAUGUUACUGUUGUUACGAAAGACUUACUUUUGUUGAGUCGUUGGACCCCAAGCACCCUCCUCCCAUGUAUACCCUCUGCAUGACUAGCUUCAUAUUGAAAUUAUUGCCUUGCAUCCUUGAAAAAAUAUACCUCUAAAAAAACUUUUACAUCUUGCAUAGUCUCAUAUCCAACCAUUAAAAUUCUGUAUUGUACACAUAUAUAUUUGUAGAUGCAUACAUCAUAUAUGCAUAAUAAAUGACAGAUUAAGAAAUUGAACUUUUAUAUCCAUUUCAAUGGACAUGGGGCACCAUCUAGCAGACUUGUUUGUAAGCAGCCAGCUGUACUAUCCUAAACAGACUUCAAUGGGCAUAGAAAUUAAGAAGGCACAGCAAAUUACUUCUGAGUCUGGAGUAACUUUCACCAAUCGGGCCAGCCUUAUUUUUCUACCAGGGCUGAGGGGUGGGGCACACAGGGGCAGGAACAGACAAAAGGUAAACUCUUGGCAGGAACAUAGUUUGAACACACACACGAGAGCAUGCAAAUACAUAACAUACAAUUAUAAAAAUCAUCUUUGGAUUCAGUAUCAAAAAGGUAGUUCCCUUCCACUAAAGCACUCUUGAUACAAAUGAGGACUGGCUGGAAGGUCCAAACUUGGUGCUGAUUGUCAUUCCCACCUGGUAUAGCCCACCUGAAAUAUUCAGAAUACUGAGAUGAAUGCCUGCAAAAUGUUAGUCUAUCACAGCAAAAUCGAACACAGUCCAGUGGCACAAAAGCUUCUUGGGCAUGGAAGGAUAUUUUUUUUCUUUACCAAUCUUUGAAUACAUGUUUUAAAGAAGCUUUAUUGCAUAAUAUGCAGAAAUGCUGUACUGUUCAAAAAUUACUAGUUUGGCAUUUACAUUGCAAUCUUAUGUAUGUUUACUUAGAAUAAAGACAUGUUUUAUUCAGUAGGUUUAUUUCAAGUAAAGACAUGCUCCAUUCAGUAGGUUUACUCCAAGUAAGUGUGCAUUGGAUUGCAACCUCAAGCAGUAUUUAACAGAACAAAGUCUGUAGUUCUUAAACAAGCUCAGCAGGAGUACUCUGGAUUUCAUAAUUUUUAGAAUUACAUCCCAAAGUGGAAAAUAGCAAUGUCCUGCUAUCACUAGAAAUGCUACUUGAAUUUUGCAGGAAUCAUUCUGUGUAAUGGACAUGUUCCCAUGUGCGUUUUGUAUUUCAUUCUCUUGUUGUGCCUUAUUCUGCCAUUCUUACGCAAUAUUAGUCAAAGUAUUUACCCUUUAUAUACUGUUAAUUUUGUAUUUUUAUGCAGAAAAUGUAUGUAGUAUUUCAAAAGGUAACAUACAUACUUUUAGGAUUUAUAAAAUUUGUUUUUAAUCAAUGGAAGAUGCUUGAGUUUUUCAAGGCAUGUUUCUGUGCAGAUAUUUUAACAUAGUACAUGAAAUAAAAUAGUCCCAGCUCCAACUAACUGUAUAGUGUGUCAACUGGUAAAUAAAAUACAAUGUUCUCUA